UUUGUGUAGUACGGGGGGGUCCCCGGUGGUCACAGCUCCCCCCACCCCCACGAGUCCGUGUCUCGCUCCGGCUUGGCCGGGCCCGGGCGCGCGCGCGCGGCCACACGGAGGCUCUCUCCCAGGGACGAUGGCUGCCCUUCAUACUGCUCCAGACUCCCCAGCUACCCAGCUGAAGCCAGCAGAAGAUGGGUCAGAAUGUGAUGCUGACCCCGAGGAGGAAGAGGAGGAAGAAGAAGAAGAGGAAGAGGGGAGAGAAGAGGAAGAGGUAGUAGUAGAAGAGGAAGUGGCCACACAGGUGCAGGAAGUGGCGGAGGUGGAGGUGGAGGCAGAGGCCAGGUCAGCGGACAAUGGUGGUGGUGCCGAUGAUGGUGCCGAUGAUAUGGAGGAGGUGCUGGCAGAGGAGCAGACUCUGAGCGUAGGGACCCAGGAGCGGCUCAGCAAUGGUGGUAAUGCCAAGUCACCAGUUCGUCAAGGAAAAGCCCUGCAGACCUCCCAGGUGUCUCCAACUACUCAGGAUAAAGAUGAGGAGGAGGAGGAGGACGAGGGAGAUGAUGAACAUUUCCUGACUCAGGGCCUGGUGACUUUUGAAGAUGUGGCUGUGUACUUCUCUUUGGAGGAGUGGGAGAGGCUGGGUGUGGACCAGCGGGACCUCUACCGGGAAGUAAUGCAGGAGAACUAUGGGAUCCUGGUCUCCUUAGGAUACCCAAUCCCUAAGCCAGACCUGAUCUUCCACCUCGAACAAGGAGAAGAACCUUGGGUUGAAGAUGGCCCCCAUCCCGAGGAAGGAGACGUUGUCACUGGUGUCUACACGGGAGCCUGGUUCUGGAACGAUGACAUAGAGGACCACGAGGAGGAAGACGACGAGGACUUCCUCGCUGAGAUGGCGGAGGAGGAGAACGAGCCCCCGGGGCUAUGGUCUGCUGCCUAUGGAGUGGGGGACGUGCCUGGGACUUGGGGCCCUGACGACUCAGAUUCGGCGCAGACUCCAGAGGGUUGGGAAUCCAACCAGGGUAGCCUUGGCAUCCUGGCGAAGGAGGUUGAAGCAAAACAUUUCCUGUCCAGCCGGGAGCCUGGGGAGAACUUUCUGGUGCCCUGGGCAUUUCCCGCAGUGGCUGUCCCCAUCGGAUGUCCGGAGACCACUUGCGACGUGUGCGGCAAAGUGUUUCCGCAUCGUUCGCGCCUGGCCAAGCACCAGCGUUACCACGCAGCGGUCAAGCCCUUCGGCUGCGAGGAGUGCGGCAAGGGCUUCGUGUACCGCUCGCACCUCGCCAUCCACCAGCGCACUCACACCGGCGAGAAGCCCUUCCCGUGCCCAGACUGCGGCAAGCGCUUCGUCUACAAGUCGCAUCUGGUCACGCACCGGCGCAUCCACACGGGCGAGCGGCCUUACCGCUGUGUCUUCUGCGGCGCGGGCUUCGGGCGGCGCUCCUACUUGGUGACCCAUCAGCGCACGCACACCGGCGAGAGGCCCUACCCGUGCCUACACUGCGGCCGCAGCUUCAGCCAGAGCUCAGCGCUCGCCCGCCACCAGGCUGUGCACACCGCUGAUCGUCCUCACUGCUGCCCGGACUGCGGCCAGGCCUUCCGCCUGCGCGCCGACUUCCAGCGUCACCGGCGCGGCGGCGGCUGCACGGAAGCCAGCAGCGGCGAUGGCGCGCGCAUGGCUCCCCACGACGUGGAGAUGGCUCCCAAUGAGGUGGAGGUGGCAGUCGCGGCUGUAGCCACGGCGGAACCCGAGGAACUGGAGGCCGGGCCUGCAGAGCACGAAGAGCCCGAGGCUGGUGUGGCAGAUGGAGACACCGAGGCUGAAGUCAGACAGGACGAGCAGGUGGUGGUCGCUGCAGCGGCAGAGGCGACUGUCCCCGACAGCAAGAAGGACCCUGAGCCAGAGAGGCGGUUCCGUGAGAUGGGCAACGGCCUGGCUGAGGGCGAAGGGCCUUCCUCGCGCCCGUUCGGCUUCCAUUUCCCUAUGCACCCCAAGUCCUGGCUACACCCGGACGGUUUUCCCAUGCUGGGGUUCCCCGAGUUCUCUGAACGGCUGCAGGCCGAUGGGCGCCAUCUGUCCGGCCCCCUGGGCGCUCCGCUAUCACUACAGGGCAUGGGGUUGGCUUGCGACCCUUUCCGCAGCGCGGGCCCCGGCGCCGGGGCGGAUGGUGGCCUGCGAGCAUUCGCGCCGGCCGCGGGCUCGCUGCUGUCGGAACCGGCGCCUGCCGCGCUGGCGGAGGAGGAGAGCCCGUGGAUCUGCUCCGACUGCGGCAAGACGUUCGGGCGGCGCGCGGCGCUGGCCAAGCACCAGCGCUACCACGCGGGCGAGCGGCCGCACCGUUGCGCCGACUGCGGCAAGAGCUUCGUGUACGGCUCGCACCUGGCGCGCCACCGGCGCACGCACACGGGCGAGCGGCCCUUCCCGUGCCCAGAGUGCGGCGCUCGCUUCGCCCGCGGCUCGCACCUGGCGGCGCACGUGCGCGGCCACACCGGCGAGAAACCGUUCGUGUGCGGCGUGUGCGGCGCGGGCUUCAGCCGGCGCGCGCACCUCACUGCGCACGGGCGCGCGCACACGGGCGAGCGGCCCUACGCGUGCGCCGAGUGCGGCCGGCGCUUCGGCCAGAGCGCGGCGCUAACGCGGCACCAGUGGGCGCACGCCGAGGAGAAGCCGCACCGCUGCCCGGACUGCGGCAAGGGCUUCGGCCACAGCUCGGACUUCAAGCGGCACCGACGCACGCACACGGGCGAGAAGCCGUUCCGCUGCGCCGACUGCGGCCGCGGCUUCGCGCAGCGCUCCAACCUCGCCAAGCACCGGCGCGGCCACACGGGCGAGCGGCCCUUCCCCUGCCCGGAGUGCGGCAAGCGCUUCUCUCAGCGCUCCGUCCUCGUGACGCACCAGCGCACGCACACGGGGGAGCGGCCGUACCUGUGCUCCAACUGCGGCCGGCGCUUCUCGCAGAGCUCGCACCUCCUCACGCACAUGAAGACGCACCGCGGGCCGGGGGGCGCGCCGGCGCAGAACACCUCCGCCAAGGCCCAGGCGCCGGCCAAGGCAACGCCGCCUCUGCCUCCACUGGGCUCGGGCUCGGGCUCGGGCUCGGGCUCGGGCUCGGGCUCGGGCUCGGGCUCGGGCUCGGGUUCGGGUUCGGGCUCCAGCUCCGGAACGCUGCUCGAGUUCGCGGGAGGAACCAGCUUUGGCUCUGAUCCCACCGCGUUCGCCGGGCCCUCGGGAACCUACGAGGAGAGCAUCCUGUGAGGCCUGUCGAAGCGCGGCGUGUCCCCCGGCUCUUCGGCGGGCUGAGGAUUCCCACUCUUGGGUGCUCAGGUCCUUCCCGCCCCAAGCUUCCGAUCUCGCUUGGGUGUGCACGGGCCGCCGCCCUGAUCAAGCCCGAUCCAUCCCUGGAUCUGUGCUGCAGGGGUAGUGGGAUGGCGGGCAAGACCUAUUAGUUCAUCACGGAUCCGGUUCAGGUGCCGUAGAGCCCGGCUGCUUAGGAGUCUGUCACCCGGCUGUCUGGUGCAUUUAGGUUUCUUGGUGGGUUUGACCUCUACCCAUUCUCCCUGUGAGAUUUGGGGACCGUCUUCCUGUCUCUUGAGCGAGUCCAGUAAGUUUUCAGAACCUAGGUCGUGACAGGCAGAAACCUCAAUAGGUCUGGGAGGAGAUGGAGGUACGAACAGGGCUGUAGGUAUUUAUUUCCAUCUCUUAUAUGACCCGAAGAGUGUGGGAGGAGUUGAAAAAGCAAGAUACCAAAUGGGUAGCCAGUUUUGCAGACACUGUCAAGGUCCCUAAGGAGUUGGAAGCCUUAUUCUUUGGAAAUCCUCACUCCAACCCCUAAACACGGGUCUGACAAGGCCUGGCUACAACAUGGAUUUUGGUGUUACCAUCCCCUUUCAGUUUGUUCUCUAGUGGCUGCAAGUAGCACACAUGGAUGUCUUUGGGGUGCCUGGUGUGAGCACCUCCAGACCUAGUCCCCAGACUUUGGUCUCCUAGCAGAUCCCUCCUGUGGAGCAGGUGGCUGCGGAGCCAUGUGCUCAGUCAACCUUUCCACAGCACUGGGGUGGGAUCAGGAAUCCUCCGUCUCGGCCUGUAAUAAGGGCUCUACAUCCCCUGCAAGCCUCGUCACACAGCUUCUGUGAUCACCCUACACUAGGAGCCGGUAGUGUUUCUGCCACGGGUGGGUCCAUGGCCCACAGAGGGAUUGGUGGCUUGCACAGCGGUUGUCCACAUAAGGGAUUGUGUGGAGCUGCGCUCACAGCGCCUUACUAUGCAAGGCCCCUGUCCAGUGGACAGCUAACUUUCCAACCAGGACUGUUGGCAUCCGUGCUGCGGCUCAAGAGGAGCUGCUCCCACCCUCCAUGAAUUCUGGGCCAGUGUGAAUGGGGGCUACAGAAGUGAGAUUUCCACCCAACUGCAUUCCCCUUUAGACCUAGAUCCUUUGUUAUAGUAUAGACAUAGCCUUGGGGCCCAAGAGCUAACAGGCAGGCUGCUAGGUGCUGGGUGGGUAGUCCAUGGGUGGGAAGAGACCCUGGGUGGUGACGGUCAGAACUUAGCCUGACCUGGUGAGGUCGAGUGGGGAGGAAGACAUGAGUCCUCGUUCAGCAGUGGCUAUCUGUCUGUUUUUUCUAUUUCCAUGUCUUCUGGGACAUGGGCUUCAGAACAAGCUAGGGCAGGGUGAUCUUCGAUGGUGCCACCCAUCCCUCUCAGUCUCCAGCCCUUUCCACCCUGCCCCCUCUGCUGUGGACAGGAGGACCUAGCUUUAAUAAAGAUGGAGAAACAA